UCAAGAAGGCGUAGGCUUCCCUAGAAUUGCACGCUGGAUGUGCGGGGAAGGUUAGGAGAGGCCGCCGGUGCUGGGCCUUUCCCGCUAGUUAUAGUACGGGGUACCGACGGACGCCAAUGUACACCUCGCAGCGCCGUGCUACGCAGAGGGCUGAGUGACGUAACAUUUGCGGGCAGAUAAGCGCGCAUCCUCAGUGCGGGUGUAGCUGCUUUGCGGUUCGUCAUUUCCGGUGGUAACUUGCAAGCAGCUGUCAGUUAGCGGAUGAAGACCGGUUCAAGGAUGUGGCACGAAGCUCGUAAACACGAGCGGAAGCUUCGGGGGAUGAUGGUGGAUUAUAAAAAGCGUGCGGAACGUCGACGGGAAUACUAUGAGAAAAUUAAAAAGGAUCCUGCUCAAUUCCUUCAAGUACAUGGGAGAUCAUGUAAGAUCCACUUGGAUUCUGCUGUGGCUUUGGCAGCAGAGAGCCCUGUUAACAUGAUGCCAUGGCAAGGUGAUCCUAAUAACAUGAUUGACCGCUUUGAUGUCCGAGCCCAUCUUGACUACAUUCCAGAAUAUAAACCCCCUCUUCUUACAACAAUCUCACCUGAGCAAGAUGCUGACGACAGAAAGUGUAAUUAUGAGCGAUAUCGAGGUUUGGUUCAGAAUGACUUUGCUGGAAUUUCUGAAGAGCAGUGCUUAUACCAGAUCUAUAUGGAUGAGCUUUAUGGUGGUCUGCCGAGACCUGGAGAAGAUGAGAAGAAAAAGCUAGCAGAGAAAAAGGCCACAAUUGGCUAUACAUAUGAAGACAGCACUGUUGCUGAAUUGGGGGAUUCUCCUGAUAAAUUGGAUGAUGAGGAUUCCGAUGACGAGAGCAAAUCUGAUGAAGAUGAAGUAAUCCCUGACAUAGAUGUGGAGGUGGAUGUGGAUGAGGUCACAGAAGAACAGGUUGCUGAUCUGAACAGGCAAGCAACAACUUAUGGAAUGGCUGAAGGUGAUUUUGUACGAAUGCUACGUAAAGACAAAGAGGAAACUGAAGCAAUAAAACAUGCUAAGGCACUGGAAGAAGAGAAGGCCAUGUAUUCUGGGCGCCGUUCCCGUCGCCAGAGGAGAGAGUUCAGAGAAAAACGGCUAAAAGGAAGAAAGAUUAGUCCACCAAGUUACGCCCGGCGAGACAGUCCAACAUAUGAUCCCUAUAGAAGGUCCCAGUCAGAGUCUUCCUCUGGUUCACGUUCUCAUACACCAAGUCCUGGAAAGGAGGAAGCCAUCACUUUUAUAACCAGCUUUGGGGGUAGUGAAGAUGAGUCGGCAUCUGGUCAUGCAACACAAACUCCUCCUGCAGCAACUGGCAGCAAAAGGGCCCCACAUUCACAGGCCUCUGGGACUUCUUCAGGUCGUAAAGAGGCCUCCCGACGGAGGGUUUCUUCAUCUUCCUCAUCGUCUUCCUCUUCAAGAUCCAGAACAUCUUCCAGGUCUCGGUCCAGCUCCAAAUCUAGAAGAGACAGUCGGAGGCGCAGGUCAAAUUCUCGUUCUCGCUCAAGGCGGUAUUCUCGCAGUCCUGUAAGACGAUACUCAAGUGGAGGAGGUGCAAGAGACAGCAGAAGAUAUUCCAGAUCAAGGUCACCUGAUCGCAAUAGACAUUAUGGAGGAAGGCGUCGCUCCCGAAGUCGCUCUCGGUCACCUGACCGUCAUGGGCGUGGUGGAAGGAGCAGUGGGCGCCCACAUGGAAGUAACCAAAGCAGUGUCUCUAGGAGUCCUUCACCAAAUCGAGAAAAAGUAUCUGGAAAGAAGGUAUCCCCAGCUGUGGUGGAGCGAUUGAAAAGACCUGAGCUUGCUGUUAGCAAAGAGAGCGGAACAUCCAAAGCUAAGUUAACGCCGCAGGAAAAGCUAAAACUCCGCAUGCAGAAAGCACUUAAUAAACAAUACAAGGCAGAUAAGAAGGCAGCUCAAGAGAAGGUUAUUCAACAGGAGCAUGAACGCCAAGAGCGGGAAGAUGAGCUACGAGCCAUGGCACGAAAGAUCCGCAUGAAAGAGCGUGAGCGUCGUGAGAGGGAGCGUGACGAGUGGGAGAGACACUAUACCAAAAGCAGAUCGCCUUCACCAAGACACAGUCGGGAGAAAAGCUCUUCAAAAAGGAGGUCCCGUUCGAGAUCCAGGAGUCCUCCUCAUCACCGUCAUUGAUUUUCCCUGUUUUGGUGACUUGACUUUCUUUUUUUUUUUUUUUUUUUUGUACUAUGUUGUCACAUAAGGUAAAUAUAACUUUCCCAUCGUGUUGGUACAUUCCAUUGGGGCAGAAGGUAUGGAAGCCACCAGAAUUUUCCCACACAAGGUGGAAGCCGUUUAUUUUGGGGAAAUAAAUCAUUGAUGUUGAUCCGAACGCACUUCAAUACUGUUUGCAUCAAUGAGGCCAACAAAAUGACUGCCUCCUUUUUUUUGGAGGUCUAAUGACUGAAGAAAUGCUAUAGCCUAUAUGCUAUAUAAGGUUAUCAACUUUAGUGAAUCUAUGUUGAAAUGACCACUGUUUGAAUAAAUUGUCUUCCUUUUUGAAGUCCCA